AUGGGUUGUGAGAACGGCAGCGAAAUCUCCGAGUUCAUUCUGCUGGGCCUGUCGUCCCGCCCAGGCCCUCAGCCCUUCCUCGUUCUCCUCUUCCUCCCGCUCUACGUGGCCGGCGUUCUGGGCAACUCCCUGAUGGUGGCUCUGAUCACGGUGGACCCCCGGCUCCACAGCCCCAUGUACUCCCUCCUCCGCAGCCUCUCGCUGGUGGACGUGGGCCUGCUCUCGGUCACCGUCCCCCAGGCGCUGGCCCACGCCCUCUCUGGCCACCGGGCCGUGCCCUUCCACGCCUGCCUGGCCCAGUUCUUUUUCUUCUACGUCUUCGGCGUCUCCGACACGUUGCUCUUGGCCGCCAUGGCCCUGGACCGCUACGUGGCCAUCUGCGACCCGCUGCGCUACCCGGCCGUGAUGAGCCCCCGGGUCUGCCGGCGCCUGGUGGCCUCCUGCCUCGGCCUGGCCGUCCUCCACUCCGCCUUCCACGCCGGGCUGCUGCUGAGACUCACCUACCGGGGCGGGAACCGGCUGCCCCACUUCUUCUGCGACCACCAGCCCCUGCUACGUCUGUCCUGCUCCCCGACGCGGGUCAACGAGGCGGCCAUCUUCUUCGAGGGCGGCCUGGUCAUCCUGGGGCCCUUUCUCUUCAUUGCGGCCAGCUACGCCCGCAUCGGUCGGGCCGUGCUCCAGCGGCCGGCCUCGGAGAGGCGCCGGGCCCUCUCCACCUGCGGCUCCCACCUCACCAUGGUGGCUUUGUUCUACGGGGCCAUCGUCGGGGUCUACUUCCAGCCCGGGGCCAGCUACUCGGCCCCCCGGGGGGCUGUCUUCUCCGUCAUGUACACCAUCGUCACCCCGGCCGCCAACCCCUUCGUCUACAGCCUGCGCAACAAGGACGUCCAGGGGGCUCUGAGGAGACUCAUGGGGAGGGGGCGGUUUCUCCCAGAAGAGUCCCCCGCCUCCAGCUCAGUGCAGCGGGGCCUGGAGACCCCCAGCGGCCCUAAGCACCUGAACCAGCCUGCGUCCCGCCGAGGGAGUCGCACCCGCCGCUGA